AUGGCUGAGGCCUUACUUGGACCAGCGGUUGAGAAUUUGAUCUUUUUGGCUAAGAACGAGUUUGCAACAAUUUGUGGAAUUAAGGAAAAAACUGAAAAACUGAAAAACACUUUGAUGCUGAUCAAUGCUGUCCUUGAAGAUGCUGAGGAGAAACAAAUGACAAAUCAUUCUGUAAAGGUUUGGCUGCACCAAGUCAAAGAUGCAGCAUAUGUACUAGAUGACAUCCUUGAUGAAUGCUCCAUACAUUCCCAUCGACUUGCGGGUUUAUCUUGUUUCAGCCCAAAGAACAUCAUCUUUCGUCACAAGGUUGGCAGCAGAUUGACAGAGAUCAGAAGGAGAUUUGAUCAAAUCGCUGAAGGUAAAAAUAAUCUUCUUCUACAGGAGGGUGUUAGGGAAAGGCAAAGUACUGAAUUGGCUGAAUGGCGCCAAACCAGCUCAAUCAUUGAUCAACCUCAAGUCUAUGGACGAAAUACUUAUAAAGAGAAGAUUGUGGAGUUUCUUCUUGCCCAGGCACAAGGCUCAGACUUCCUUUCCGUCUAUCCCAUUGUUGGCUUAGGUGGUAUUGGAAAAACAACACUUGCUCAACUCGUCUACAAUGACAAAAGGGUAAGUAGCCAUUUUGAGAAAAAAAUUUGGGUUUGUGUAUCUGAGAAUUUCUCUGUCAACAACAUUCUAUGUUCCAUUUUUGAAUCCAUCGAAAGAAAAAAGUGUGAUCUCUCAAAUUUAAAUGUAAUAGAAGAAUCUGUGAAAGAACUCUUGCAAGGUAAAAGGUAUAUGCUUGUUUUAGACGAUGUUUGGAACAAAACUCAAAAACUGGAGGGAUUAACACAAGACAAAUGGAAUAAGUUGAAAUCUGUUUUGUCUUGUGGCUCCAAAGGUUCUUGCAUUUUAGUUUCCACCCGUGAUAUGGAUGUUGCAACAAUCAUGGGAACAUGCCAAGCUCUUACUUUGGCUGGUCUAUCUGAGGUUGAUUGUUGGUUAUUGUUCAAACAAUAUGCAUUUGGACCUGAGAAAGAAGAGCGUGAAGAUCUUGUAACAAUAGGCAAGGAGAUAGUAAAGAAGUGCGGGGGAUUGCCUCUUGCAGCACAAGCACUAGGAGGUCUGUUGCGCACAAAGAGUGAAAAAAAGGAAUGGCUUGAAGUUAAGGAAAGUAGACUUUGGACUUUAACGGAUGAGAAUUCUAUUUUGCCUGCGUUAAGGUUGAGCUACUUUCAUUUAACACCAACCUUAAAGCAGUGUUUUGCUUUCUGUGCUAUAUUUCCCAAAGAUACAAGACUACAGAAAGAAGAUUUGAUUCAUCUUUGGAUGGCUAAUGGGUUUAUUUCAUCCAGGGAAAACUUGGAUGUAGAAGGUGUUGGCAAUAUGAUUGUGAAUGAAUUGUGCAGAAAAUCAUUCUUCCAAGAUAUUGAAGAGGAUGAUAUAUCAGGCCACAUUUCUUUCAAGAUACAUGAUCUUGUCCAUGAUCUUGCUCAGUCGGUAAUGGGGCAAGAGUGUAUGGUUCUGGAGAAUGUAAACACGAUUAAUUUGCCAGGAAACACACACCAUAUUAGUUUCAGCUCUGACGAUGAAAAAUCAUUCAGUAAGGGAUUCUUCAAGGUUGAAUCUUUACGAACAUUUUAUCAGCUUGAAGUUGGCAACAAAAACACCAUUUCUGUUUGCUUUGCAAAAAAAUGUUCUCUUCGUGUUCUACGCAUAUGUUGUGUCAAGCUACCAUCCUUCCAGUAUUUAAAUCAUUUAAGGUAUCUGGAGCUUCAUGACGGUGGUCGUCACACAGAAACCCUCCCAGACUCACUUUGUAGCUUGAGGAAAUUGGAAAUCUUGAAACUGCAUUCUUUUAGUAAACUUAUAUGUUUACCGGAACAGUUGAGUUGCUUACAGAAUCUCAGACAUCUUGUCGUUGAUGAUUUUGAUUCAUUGUCUCGUGUGUUCCCUAACAUUGGAAAAUUAUGUUGCCUAAGAACAUUGAAUAUAUACAUUGUGAGUUUAGAGAAAGGGCACAGCUUGGGAGAGUUACACAAUCUAAAGCUGGGAGGAAAUCUGAGCAUUCAAGGCCUUGGAAAUGUUAGAAGCAUAGAUGAAGUUCGGGAGGCCAAUCUGUUAGGGAAAACAGACCUGCACGGAUUAUGCUUGUCUUGGAAUAACAGUGGUGAUACCAAGUUCAAUACUACUCAUGCCGAACAGGUAUUGAAAGGGCUUCAACCUCACUCAAAGCUCAAAGUGUUGAAAAUAAAAUACUACGAAGGAUUACACUUGCCGAGUUGGAUCGGAAGUCUCAACAGUUUAGUUGUUCUACAAUUGUUUGGUUUCGAUAACUGCGUGCAGCUUCCAGCACUUGGUAAACUACCAUGUCUAAGAAAACUAGAUAUAUAUUUCAUACAUUAUUUGCAGUAUAUUGAUGAAAGUUACGAGGUGAAGGCUUUCCCAGCUCUGAAGGAACUUGUAUUAGGAUAUCUACCAAAGUUGGAGCGGUUAUUUAAAGUGGAAAGAAGGGACAUGUUUCCGUGUCUUUCUAAAUUAUUCAUCGAUAAAUGCCCUAGACUUGUGUUGCCAUGCCUUCCAUCUAUGGAGACACUAACCAUAUUUGAAGAUAAUAAUGAAUUACUGAGAACAAUCUCACGGUGCUCUCAUCUUACCUACCUUCAUCUCGGAGGAAGUAAAGACCUAACGGUCCUAACAUCCUUCCCAGAGGGGAUGUUGACAAACCUGACUCAUCUCCAUAGUCUACUAAUAUGGCAUUUCCCUCAAUUGAAGGAAUUACCAUAUGAAUUAUUCCACCUCAACGCUUUGGAGUAUCUGUCCAUCACUGAUUGUGGUGCACUGGAGUGCUUACCAGAGCAAGGUUGGGAAGGUCUACGCUCCCUUGUAUAUCUUAAGUUUUGUGACUGUGAAGGAUUGAGAUCCCUGCCAGAAGGCACCCGUCACCUCACUUCUCUUCAGAUUUUGAGGAUUGAACGCUGCCCAGCAUUGAUUGAGUGGUGUAUGGAGGGACUGACGGAGGAUAAUUACAAGCUAGCGCACGUUCCAAAAAUAAUUUUGAAGAGUCGAGAAUCAGAUACUGAUUAAAAGCAACCAUUCAACUUC